GACGGCGCGCGCUGGCGGCGCUUCCUGUCUGCGGCCGGUGCCGUUGGGUCCCGGCGGGAGCGGCGCGAGCGGGGCCGCGCGGAGAGGGCGCCGCGGGACUUGAAAGACUGAGCUGUUGUUAACAAGCACCUACUGAAACAUGGUGGAUUACUAUGAAGUUCUGGGAGUGCAGAAGCAUGCCUCAGCAGAGGAUAUUAAAAAAGCGUACCGUAAGUUGGCACUAAAAUGGCACCCUGAUAAAAAUCCAGACAAUAAAGAUGAGGCAGAACGGCAAUUUAAACAAGUAGCUGAGGCCUAUGAAGUUUUGUCAGAUGCUAAAAAACGUGACAUCUAUGACAGAUAUGGAAAAGAAGGCCUAAUAAAUGGAGGCGGAGGUGGAAAUCAUCACGAUAAUGCGUUUGAUUUUGGAUUUACAUUCCGUAACCCAGAUGAUGUCUUCAGGGAGUUUUUUGGUGGAAGGGACCCCUUUUCAUUUGACUUAUUUGAAGACCCUUUUGAGGACUUCUUUGGGGGCAGACGGGGUCCAAGGGGAAGCAGAAGCAGAGGUGGUGGAUCGUUUUUCUCUGCCUUUGGAGGAUUCCCUACUUUUGGAAGUGGUUUUACUCCAUUUGAUGCAGGUUUUACUUCGUUUGGUUCUCUGGGACAUGGGGGCAUCACUUCGUCGUUCUCCUCUUCGUCAUUUGGUAGCGGCGGGAUGGGCAACUUCAAAUCAGUAUCAACCUCAACUAAAAUAGUUAAUGGCAGAAGAAUUACUACAAAGAGGAUUAUUGAGAAUGGACAAGAGAGAGUAGAAGUUGAAGAAGAUGGCCAGUUAAGGUCGCUAACAAUAAAUGGGGAGGCAGAUGAAGAAGCCUUUGCCGAGGAGUGCCGACGGAGAGGACAACACGCGCUGCCUUCCCAGCCGGCCAACGCUCGCCUGCAGAAGUCUCACAAGCCUGCCAGCUCCCCCCGAUAUGCCUUUCAUUUUAAUAGUGAUGAGGUGGAAGAACAGGAUAGAAGCCGGGUCAUGAGCAGCUUCGAGGCCCCUUUUCAUUUAUCAGGAUACAAAGAAGUCAGCAAGAGGAGGAAGCAGAAGCAGAGAGAGGAACAGAAGAAGAAGAAGUCAACCAAAGGGAGUUACUAAAAUGGACUUCUCUGCUAUGCCAAUACCUUUAUAAUAAUGACAACUUCAUGUUACCUUUGAGCGCACCUCUUUUGUGUAUAUUUUUUGACUGUUCACACUGCUAGCAAGGAAGUGACUCAUGUUUAAAACUGUACUAAAAUUGCACUAUGUUAUUUUUUUUAGUUUCACAGAGUGGCUUUCUUGCCAGUCAGGUUGGGGAAUUCGGACGAGGCUGGUCGAGGUUAGGAGUGUUUUAUGUUCGGAGAUUGGAAGGGGUUACAGAAUUUCUUGCCUCUUCCUUCCCUGGGACUAAAACAACUCUGUUCUAGUGUUUGUUAUUUGUCUUGUAGGAGAUAAAGGGUUGUGCAAAUGCCUGUUUGUUUGGUCAGUGGUAUCAACAUCAGGCCUGUUAAAAGAGGAGUCCUGUUCAGUCAUGUCAUUGGGAAUGAGACUGAGACAUGAGCUCUUAUAGGGUAAUUUAUGCAAGCUUAAUAAGUGAUUUUUAUGGUUGGGGUUUUGUUUUGUUUUUGCCCCCCCCAGGCUGAGCAGUUUUGUCCCGAUUAUUAAAAUGUUCCUACAUUUUAGACUGUAUCCUGAGGUUAUAUCCUCUGAUUUUAAGAAGUGUAGUGUAACAAUGGCCUCCUGUAAGUACUCCUACUGAUUUCUUUAAGCUUAGUUGACUCCUGAUGAAUAAUUUAGUGAAAUCAUUCCUUAUUUUAAAAGUUUAUUUUCAGAACCUAGAGACAAAUGAUCCAAGUGCUACUUUAAAACUGCUCUUUGUUUCUGCUGAGUAGGCUUUAGAUAAUAAACAUUUUUUCAGCAUCCAUAUAAGAUUUUAUCCAGUUGUUUCUGCAAAGAACUUAUACUUUUAUGUAUGAAAACAUUUUACAUCAGUUUUAUUGCAGGACUAAUUUUUUUUUAGCUUGAAAAGAUGUCUUAGAUUUAAAAGAAAUACGUAUUUUCUGGCAAGAUGACUUCCUUGCUUCCCGUACUUGUCUCAUGUGCAUGACACAUUGCUUCUCUUAACCUUUCAGUGUGUACAGAGCCCUUCUGUUGCCUUUAGCAUUUACCUGCAUGUUUCUUGUCAGUAUGUUGUCUCCUCUUUUUAACCUCCAGGCAGGAGUUAGCAGCUUAUGGUUUUGUUUUGUUCCUUUUGUCUUCCUCUUGCCAAUACGUUGUUGAUGUAACAGCCUUAAACCUGGCAAUAUUGAAAGUCCACAAUUCCUGGAGAAACUCACUCGUCCUAACAUUUAAAAGAUGUAGGAAUGCACAUAAUGGUGUAAGAGAGAAGCUAAACAGAAAGUCAAGUCUGCAUUUUAGCAUGGUUUGAUAUAACAAAUUCUGGUGUCUCUGGUAUCUGAAUGGUUUAGCUUCAGUUACCCCAUGUAACCCUCUGCAAGCAUAGAGUUUGUGAACUCUGUGAGGGGAUGUAAAUUACAGUUACUAUCAAAUACGACUGAGUACCAGUUUUCUGUCACUUAAGUACCACUUUUUUUUGUGCAGUGUUACUAAUAUUUAAAAAUAAAGAAAAUCUGCCUUUA